GGCGGAGGCGGCGGAGGCGGCGGCACCGAGGUAAUCCAGGUGACUAAUGUCUCCCCGAGCGCUAGCUCUGAGCAGAUGCGGACCCUCUUCGGUUUCCUAGGCAAGAUCGACGAACUGCGCCUCUUCCCGCCGGACGAUUCACCUUUGCCAGUCUCUUCCCGUGUCUGCUUUGUUAAGUUCCAUGAUCCGGACUCAGCAGUUGUGGCACAGCAUCUGACAAACACUGUAUUCGUUGACAGAGCAUUGAUAGUCGUACCAUAUGCAGAAGGAGUUAUUCCUGAUGAGACUAAGGCUUUGUCUCUGUUGGCACCAGCUAAUGCAGUGGCAGGUCUUCUGCCUGGUGGUGGACUCCUGCCUACUCCUAACCCACUUACCCAGAUUGGCGCUGUUCCAUUGGCUGCUUUGGGAGCUCCUACUCUAGAUCCUGCCCUUGCUGCACUUGGGCUUCCUGGAGCAAACUUGAACUCUCAGUCUCUUGCUGCAGAUCAGUUGCUGAAGCUUAUGAGUACUGUUGAUCCCAAGUUGAAUCAUGUAGCUGCUGGUCUUGUUUCACCAAGUCUGAAAUCAGAUACCUCUAGUAAAGAAAUAGAGGAAGCCAUGAAGAGAGUACGAGAAGCACAGUCCCUAAUUUCUGCUGCCAUAGAACCAGAUAAAAAAGAAGAAAAACGAAGGCACUCAAGAUCGAGAUCACGCUCUAGGAGGAGGAGGACUCCCUCAUCUUCUAGACACAGGCGGUCAAGAAGCAGGUCGAGAAGGAGAUCACAUUCUAAGUCAAGAAGUAGGCGACGAUCCAAAAGUCCCAGACGGAGAAGAUCUCAUUCCAGAGAGAGAGGUAGAAGGUCACGGAGCACAUCAAAAAACAGAGACAAAAAGAAAGAAGACAAAGAAAAGAAACGUUCCAAAACACCACCAAAAAGUUAUAGCACAGCCAGACGGUCCAGAAGUGCAAGCAGAGAGAGACGACGACGACGAAGCAGGAGUGGCACAAGAUCUCCUAAAAAGCCUAGGUCUCCUAAAAGAAAAUUGUCUCGCUCACCAUCCCCUAGGAGGCAUAAAAAGGAGAAGAAGAAAGACAAGGACAAGGAGCGAGGCAGGGACGAGAGGGAGCGGUCGACGAGCAAGAAGAAGAAGAGCAAAGACAAGGAGAAGGACCGGGACAGGAAGUCGGAGAGCGACAAAGAUGUAAAAGUUACACGGGAUUACGACGAAGAGGAGCAGGGGUAUGACAGCGAGAAAGAGAAGAAAGAGGAGAAGAAACCAACAGACACAGGCUCCCCCAAAACAAAAGAAUGUUCUGUGGAAAAGGGAAGUGGAGAUUCCCUAAGAGAAUCCAAAGUGAAUGGGGAUGAUCAUCACGAAGAAGACAUGGAUAUGAGUGACUGAGCAUCGCCUCCCGGAGUCCACCUGUGUACAUGCAUCAGUGUCAUUCCUUUGUGUGAUUUCUUCAUGCUGUAUUUGUUCAUCUCAAACCUUAGAUGUAUACAGCUCUGAGCUAUAAAUGGUUAUAAAGCUUCUGAUAUUGAUAUUAUUUACAUCCAAAAGCUUUUAGAAAAUGAUAUGUGGGUAACCAAUUCUUGACAUGGUGAAAUCUGAAACCAAGCAGUUUUACUAUUCUGGUGCUGCUUCAUAACAGAAGUGAAAAGCUGCAUGCAUCUACAGCAGGCAUGGAUUGUUUAUGUUGUAUGAUCUCCUUUAUUAAGUAAGUUCACUUAUAGUAUUUCUAGAAUUCGAUUCAUUGUCAUAAUAGAGCCAUGUAGGGAAUGCACUGAUUGCAUGUUAAUUGUGGCAGGAAUAUCCUCAAUGUCAUUAAAAUCCUCCAACAUGAUGGAUCUACUUAUGGUCUUCUUUGUACACAUGACAAAUUAACAUUGUUAUAGUUACAUCUGGAAAUAAGCAUUUGAAAUAGAUAAUCCUUUAAGCCUUGUGGCUGAAUUUUUGUGGCUUUUGUUUAACUUUGAAAGGUUAUAUAUGCACUAACCUUUUUUGAUGGCUGCUUAGGCUUUAAUUACAGAAACAAGAUUUCAAAUGAAACUGUCUUUGGCAGUGAGUAAAUGGCAUAUUUUGAGUGGAGUUGUAUACUUUUUCAUAAGGUGUUUGGGAAUUUUUUUUUCCUGAAAUAAAUUAUUCCACACCUACAUCAGUGAGUUAUCCGCCUAUCUUGAGUCCAUCUGUAAAAGAAAGUUGUAUCUUGUCCUAAUUUUCAAUUUUCCACUUUUAUUAAUUUGUUUUAAUCUAGUGUUGCAAAAAGAGGGUAGUGCAUUUUAAAUUGACCUUCAUAUGCUUUUAAAAUGAGACAAAUGUACUUGAUAAUGUACUUCUUAUUUGAUCUCAAGUUGUAUAAAACCAAUAAAUUUGUGUUACUGGUACUGCAGUAGUAAUCUUAUGCCCACAGUGAUUCCAUGUUAAAUGCAAAGUAGUUAGGCAACUGUUUUCUUAGUUACAGGAGUUUCAAGCUUCACUUUUGUGCAGUAAAAGCAAAAGUAGGCUACAGUCUGUGCCAUGUUGAUGUACAGUUUCUGAAAUUGUUUUACAAGACUUUGAUAAUAAAACCCUUAAACUUA